ACAUUUUCAUUUUCAUCUCCUUCGGCUUCAUUGCCAAUCAAUUUAAUCCCAUUAUAUAUAUUUAAUAUACUAAUUAAAUUCAUUUCAGUUUUUGAGUUUUCUCAUCGAACUCCGACGUUCAUGGCCGUCAAAACGAUUCUUCAACUCCUUCAUUCGUUUUUCUUCUUAUUAUUAUUUUUCUAAACUUGUACAGAUACUCAUAUAUACUCUGGAUCUAGAUACCCAAAACCUCGAAAAAUUCCCCAAAAUUCCUUUCUCCCUAUUUAAACUCCCCUCUCUCAUUUUCAGUUUCAUCAUCUAUCACCGAUCGAGAUUUCACAAUGGCAAUGAGAAAUUCAGAAUGCGGUUCUUUGACUAUUCUCCUCUCUUUCUUCUUAAUCGUGUUGUUUUUUGUUCAAAUCGAGGCUAAGAAUCAGAAGGAAGCGCUAGAUGCUCUGUACAAAGCGAAAUUCUUCAAGAACUCAAACGCUGGGGGUUUUUCAACAGAACUUCUCGUUAACCGCGAUUCAGCGACUCAUAAUCAAAACGCUGAAAACGUUGAGAUUUACGAUCAAACCGGAAUGAAGAAGCAGGACAAAAUCGAACGGCUUCCAGGACAACCACCGAACGUUAGAUUUUCGCAGUACGGCGGAUAUGUGACGGUGAACAAAUCUGCCGGUAGAGCUUUUUAUUAUUACUUCGUUGAAGCUCCUCAUAACAAGAAAUCCUUGCCGCUUCUUCUCUGGCUCAACGGAGGGCCUGGGUGUUCGUCUCUUGCCUAUGGAGCAAUGGCUGAAUUGGGUCCCUUCCGCGUUCGCAGCGACGGCAAAACCCUCUUCCAAAAUAAGUUCUCAUGGAAUCACGCUGCGAAUGUGUUGUUUUUGGAGUCACCAACGGGGGUUGGAUUUUCGUACUCAAAUACGACGUCGGAUUACAAUACAAACGGGGACAAGAGCACCGCGAAAAACAACUACGCGUUUUUAGUGAAUUGGUUGGAGAGGUUCCCGGAGUACAAGACCCGGGAUUUCUAUAUUGCCGGCGAGAGUUACGCCGGCCACUACGUCCCUCAGCUGGCUCACACCAUUCUCUCACACAAUAAAAAGGCUGGAAAGAAAAUCGUCAACCUCAAGGGCAUUAUCAUUGGAAAUGCUGUCAUAAACGAUGAAACAGACCAAAUAGGAAUGUACGACUUCUUCGCAAGCCACGCACUAAUCGCCGACAGAACCGCAAAUGACAUAAGGAAAUAUUGUAAUUUUACGUCUGAAGAGGCGGUGCAGAAUCGACAAUGCUUAGAUGCGUCGAAUAUGGUAGAGUUAAACAUAGGCGUAAUUGACAUCUACAACAUCUACUAUCCGUUAUGUCAGAAUUCCACCUUGACAAAUGUGCCUAAGAAAGCGUCGGUGUUGAACUACGAUCCUUGCACAGAUUAUUACACCUAUGCUUACUUGAAUCGAGCCGACGUUCAGAAGGCGAUGCACGCUAACGUCACGAAGCUUUCAUACGAUUGGGAGCCUUGUAGCGAUGUCAUGCAGGGAUGGUCCGAUAGCGCUUCUACUGUAGUUCCUUUGUUGAGAGAAUUCAUGGCUUCUGGCUUACGAGUCUGGGUUUUCAGUGGUGACUUCGAUGGGAGAGUACCCAUUACUUCCACCAAAUAUUCUAUCGAUUCAAUGAAGCUUCCUGUGAAGAAAUCUUGGUACCCUUGGUUCAAUGCUAAUGAGGUCGGAGGGUAUGCUGAAGUGUAUGAAGGGGAAUUGACAUUGGCAACAGUGAGAGGGGCAGGUCAUGAAGUGCCAAGCUACCAACCAAGAAGAGCACUUUCACUCAUCAAACACUUCCUUCAUGGAACUCCUCUCCCUUCUUCACAUCGUCGCUCUACAUAACCUUAUUUCCGUCUAUAAUUUCAAGUUACCAUUCCUAAUAUUUUUCAGAUUUGGUCCUUAUUUCUUCUCUAUACCAUUCCUAAUAUUUUUCAGAUUUGGUGGGUCGCAGUUCAUUUAUAGGAGCGGUAGGCUUGGUCCUUAUUUCUUCUCUAUUUGUUGUUGCAUUUCCUUUUCAAUAAACUUGUUUUAGGGGAAAUGUGAUGAUAAUUCUUUUACCAAUUUACUUUCUCAAGCUUGAUUUAAACAAGAAAAAUUAUUUGUUCCGAUUGACUACAACUAUCAAAGGACAAUUUCUGAUGUCAAUAUACAAUAUUCACGAUGAAAUUAAAAGAAAAUGAAAGGAAAGACCACUUUGAUCUCAAGUGAUUAUUUCA